AUUGCCGAGCAUCAAAGACAGCCAUGAUGCUUGCUGGGCAAUCCUGCAAUUCCCGACUUCAUUACUGUAUUCAGAUUCCCGCGCUUGUUUUAUGGCAGUCAGAGAAACUCUGCUGACCCGAAGCGGAACCCCUGUCCUGUUCGUUCCUUGGUGAUCGAGUAGCGUAACCCUAAUUUCUGUCAGCAUCGUUGGUCGACCACGUUCGGUCGGCCAGAGCAGUCGAUCUGGUUAUCACCCAGCCACUGAACCACCUGUUCAGUAAGCGAGCCGUUGAAUGAAGGCCACGUCAGCGGAGCACGCAUGGUAGGAGGCAAAUAGGCUGAGGAGUCAACAAGCUCCACGAUCUCGUCGUCGUUCACCCCUAAAGAACCGAUCGCAGCCGUCCGUUCGGCGCCAUGUCAGGCGACGUGGCGUGGAGGGGCCGCGCGGCAAUGCAGCGGGAGGUCGCGGAGUUUCUCGUGAAGGAGCGCUACUUCCUCGCGGCGCUCGAGCUGCUGCACGAGCUCAGGGAGGAUCGUCGCGAGGACGGUCAGGACAACCAUGAAGCGUCGGAAACGACUCGCUUUCUCGAGCGCGUUUUUGCGGACGAGCAGCGAUUUCCGCGCGACAAGAUCGCGGCUGUCGCAGCUGUCGCAGCGGCUGCGAAACCACCAGCCAGUGUCGCGGCUCCCGCCUUGAACGGUGGAACUGGAGGGAUUGAGGAGGCAGGGGUGGGUGGCGGAGAUGGGCAGACGGCGGAGGACGAUUCCCAGCCGUUGGAUGCGCUGGGCGAGGACGAGAGGCGCGAUCUGAACUUCGCAGUGAGGGACUAUCUGGUGCAGGCGCGAUACAAGCUGACCGCCAUGACCCUGCAGGACGAGGUGGUGGAUCAGGACUGGGAUGACUGGGAGGACGGCCCUGCCAAGGCGGACAGCGCGCUCAGGCGCUAUCUGAAGCACUACCUGCACCGGCGGGAGGCGCAGAAGAGUGUCGCCGCUGCUGGGCGCGCUGCUGCUGACCUGGCGGAGCUAAGGCGGGAGAUGGACCUGAGACUGGCUGACGCUGCUCGGCAGAAGGCUGACGUGGAGGGGUCUCUGGCGACGGCCACUGCUGCUGUUGAAAGCCUCAAGGCCAAGCUGCAAGGCUUCGAGAGCGACAGGCAAGCACAGGAGAACGAGCUCCAGAAGCUAAGAGCAGAGCUCGAUGCAGCUUCCGAGAAGGUUCGUGGCCGUGGCGCAUCCGAGGCGUCUCUCCUUGCCCGGGCGGAGGGAGCAGAGCGCCAGCUGGAAGCCGCACAGGCUGACGUGUCCUCGCUACGUGCUGACGUGGCGUCGUUGCGAGCUGACGUGUCAUCGGCACGCGACGAGCUGGCAGCAGCUCAGCAUGAGUCGGCAUCCUUACAGGGCAAGAUCAAAUCCAUGGAGGCAGCAGCUGAAGCAGCGCGGGCGGAGCAGGACGAGGAGUGGGAGAAGGCGGGCAGGUGGCAGCCGAGGCAGAGAGGACGACAGAGAGGCUCCAACGAGAGGUGCAAGCAGCCAGGAAAGCAGCAGCCGACGCUGAGGCGAGAGCAGAGGAACUGAAAGCACAGGUGGAGCAGGCUCGGGCAGAGGCUGAGGCGCAGUUAGCGACUGCAAGGGCGGCAGCAGCCGAGGCCAAGGAGGAAGCAGAGGCGAAGGGGAAGGCGGAGGAGGUUGCCAGGGCUGAAAUCGCUCGCGUGCAGGAGGUGGCGCGAGGGGAGAUUGCGCGGAUUCAAGGCGAGCUGAAGGCGCUGAGGGACGCGCAGAGGGAGCAGGGAGGUGAUAGCGGGGCAGCUGCUGCUGCUGCUGCUGCUGUAUCUGCUGGUGGUGUGCAGGGCAGGGAGGGGGAGAGGCUGAGGGGAGGAUUGCAGAGUUGCAGCAGAGGCUUGACGAGGCGAAGCGGGAGGCUGAGGCGGCCGCAGCACAGGUGGAGCGGGUCAGGGGUGAGAUGAGGGACGCUGGAGAGCAGGCGCGGGCAGAGAGGGAGAGGGUGGAAGCUGAGGCGAAAGCAGAAGUGGAGCGGGCUCGAGGGGAGGUGGAGAAAGCGCGAGAGGAAGCGGAGAAGGUGCGAGAGGAGGCGAAGGAAGCGAAGGGUGAGUUGGAGAGAGCACGAGGGGAGCUGGAGAGAGCCAAGGCCGAGCAAAGGGCGGGAGGAGCGGGCGAGGGAGGAGUGGGAGGAGGAGGAGAGGAGCAGGAGCGGGAGGGCGUGCAUGGGAGGAGUCAUCCAUGGAGGUGCUGCUAGAGGCGGAGAGGAAGAUAGUGGAGCUUCAGAGAGAGGUGGAUGGCGCCAAGAGAGAGGCGGAUGAGGCGAGGAGGGAGGCGGCAGAGGCCAAGGCGCAGGCUGAGACCUCCGCCAAGGCUGCUGCUGCCGCUGCUGCUGCGGCUGCAUCGGCUGCAGCUGCCUCUGCUGUAUCUAGCGGUCCGGCUGCUGGUGCUGGCGGUGUCAAACCGGCAGAAGUUGGUUCAAGUGGGGAGGAGACGAGAGGGGAGGAGAAGAGAGGGGAGGCGGAGACGAUGGAGGUGGCGCGGAAGGGGGGCAGCAGGGCGGAGAUGGCAGCAGAGGACGAGGCGGUGGUGUGCCUGCUGGCGGAGUGCCUCCCGCGAAUCAUCCCCAACGUGCUCAUCAACCACCGUGAGGUA